AAGGAGGCGAGUUAUGACCCGCCCCAACCUCGAACCCUCGCAGGAAAGAGGCCCACAGAGUAAGUGCCCAGAUUGGACGGGCACUAACCUUGGGGAAUAUGUUUCACAGGGAGUCUGCAAGGCCCAACUGCCAGUUAGCAGCCUGCACGGCGGCUCAAGCGCUGUGUUCCCCAGGGUCCCAGACCUCUGACAUGCACGAGAAUUGGAACUCAAGAGUACCUGUGACUGACAAGUUGCCAAAAAAAAAAACAAAACAAAACUCUGGCUUCUCCUACGCUUAGCUUCUUUGAAAAGUCUCCAAGGAAGUCUGCUGCACAUUUCCAUAUCAGAACUUCUGUCUGUGGCGCUUACAAAACAGACCAGGGAGAUCUGAAACGGCUGGCGGAAGCACCCAAUGAGAAGUUGGGUGAGGUUGAGGAUAAUCCCCAAGUUUCUGCCUUGAACAAAGAUAAAGGCAUCCACGAUGGUGAAUGAUUUGGAAUUUAGAUUGAGAAACGCUGAGUUAAAUUAAAUGGAAGAAAAUGGAAGACUUUAUCAACAACGUUCCGUUGAUGACCUGUGACUGCUUGCUGCUGCCACAAUGCGGUGGCGGGACCGCAUGGCUGUGCUUUUUUUCCCCCCUGGCAUGAUGCUCACUGUGGCCGCGCUGAUGCUCUUCUUCAUACACAUGGGUGUCUUUGCUAGUGACGUGCACAACUUCUGUGUCACCCACCACUAUGACCGCAUGAGUUUCCAGUACACGGUCGUACUGAUGUUCUCCCAGGUGAUCAGUAUCUGCUGGGCUGCCAUGGGGUCACUCUAUGCAGAGAUGACAGAUGACAAGUUUUUUCGGUGCUUUGCCCUGACCAUCCUGAUGCUCAAUGGAGCCAUGUUCUUCAACCGCCUCUCCAUGGAGUUUCUGUCCAUCCAGUACAGAGAGGAGAACCACGCUGGGAGUUGGGAACAGGACUGAGAAGGGAG